AUGCGGCUGCUCCAUUUCCUUAAGCAGAAAGCCUCUGUGACGUUCGACAAGAUACACACCGAGUUCGUCCAUUGCAGCAAAGAGCAGCCCUCGGCGUGUUGGACCCAUCCGGGAAUUCAACUAGCUACGACUGUUGCGGAACUGACAAAUAAUUACUCAGUCGAGUUGGAGCAGAUGGCAGAGCGCUAUUUGUCUCGCUGUCUCGGCAAAUAUCCUGAUCCAAGUGUUGACACUGAAUUCAAUGGUACUGCAAUGAUGAUCAAGACGUACUCUCCCCACAAGCCUACCGUCUUGCAAUAUCUCCAAGAUGUUCAAUCUAACGCAUAUCUCUGCGAUUCUCAACAUCUCCAGUUCGCUUUCUGCCAGAGUUAUAGGAAGAUGUUGUGGGCACAAUCGACGGAAGUCGGGUGCGCAAUUCACUUUUGCGGACUUUCUGGCCAGUCCAAUUAUCUCGUUGGAUGUCUCUACAAACCAGGGUUGGUUAUUUUAAUCGCAUGUAUUGCCAAGUGCUUUUUCUUGUCCACAUUAAUUCUGAUCGGUAAGUUGGUUAGGCCUUGA